UUACAAGCCUCUCCGUGACCACUUCACUUUCUCAGAUUCUCAAAGACGCUUCACGAACAAGUUUGAAGCAAUCUCCAUCCAUAUCAUGGCUAGACCCCAACAACGCUAUCGAGGUGUCCGCCAGAGGCACUGGGGCUCUUGGGUUUCUGAAAUUCGCCACCCUCUUUUGAAGACUAGAAUAUGGCUGGGAACGUUUGAAACCGCAGAGGAUGCAGCUAGAGCGUACGAUGAAGCGGCAAGGUUGAUGUGUGGGCCAAAAGCACGCACCAAUUUCCCUUACAAUCCCAAUGAGCCACUUUCAUCUUCAUCGAAGCUCCUCUCUGCUACUCUGACUGCGAAGCUACACAAGUGUCACAUGGCCUCUCUUUCCCUUCAAAUGAGCAAGCAGAAACAAUCUCAGACAGAGCCUCAUCAAGGAUCAUCCAGCGACUCAGGCAAUGCCAUUGCGGGAACAAGUUCAGACAACACCGGCUUUAGAUGGCCAGAAGAGGAAGCACAAGUUGAAGUGCCACCAGCACAACAGCAACAAUUUCAGCCAGUUCUUCAAGAUGAUCACAUUGAACAGAUGAUACAGGAGCUGCUUGAUUAUGGCUCAAUGGAGCUUAGUUUUGUUGACUCAGCCUAAGCUCUAUAUUAUAAAUUAACAAUGCAGACCCCUUUUCAGGGAGAGGGAUUCUACUAUUUACUAAUGCGCCAUGUAAUAAAAUAUAGCGAGCUUUAGACCUUAGUACCAUAGGAUAGGAGAGUUUCACCAUGAGUUUCAAUUAAUGGUCAAGCAUGUGGAACCAGAAUGUAAUCAAUCAUACAAAAAACAACGCAUGCAUAUAUGGUGUGGACUAUAUUAUAGUAGAUACCAUUAGUAACAUCAAAAGACUACAAAUUUCCAACUUCUAUUUUUGUUUAUA